AUGUCUCCCCACGCUGUCAACACCCAAGUGAUUGAGGUGAUCAUCGUAGGCGCUGGUAUUGCUGGUCUCGCCGCGGCGCUCGCCAUCCACGACGCCGGUCACCACGUUACCAUUGUCGAAGGCGCGUCUGUCCUACGAGAGAUUGGCGCCGGGGUCUUGAUCUCCAGCAACGCGACACGCGAACUCAUCCGCUGGGGCCUCGAAGACGACCUGAGAGAUGUCAUUGUCCAGAGCAGGGUCUCGAGGGUGCUGAGAUGGGACGAUGGAAAGGUGCUCAGCGAGGUCCACAUGGAUCCGAGUUUUGCACUCAAGAAGUACGAUGCACCAGUGUGGAUGAUCCAUCGCGCAGACCUUCACACAGCAAUGCUGAAGAAGGUGAAGAGCUUGGGGAUUGAGAUCAAGCUGGCGUCUAGAGUAGUCGAAGCCGACGUGGACAAGGCCAGCGUGACUCUCGCCUCGGGGGAGGUGUUGGACUGUGACUUCAUCGUCGGAGCGGACGGUGUCAGGAGCAAGAUGCGGGAUAUCAUCUCGCUGAAGCCCGUUCCCGCCCUGCCGACCGGAGACUACGCCUUCCAAUUCGCUUUGGAAAUCGAAAAGUACAAGAAUGAUCCGGUGAUUGCGCCGUUGGUGGAAGGCCAUGCGGCCACUGCUUGGUGGGGGCCGGGCAGGCAUGUCAUCGGGACGCUUCUCCGCGGCGAGAAGCUCUUCAAUUGUGUCGCAGUCUUCCCCGAUGACGGCUCUCUCGGCGACGAGCACAAGCAACUGGGAGCAGACGUCGAUGAACUGCGCCGGAAUUUCAGUGACUGGUGUCCAGCUGUCCGCACCAUUCUCUUCCAUGCAGACCCCAGCUCCAUCGUCAAAUGGAAGCUUCAAGAUCUUGAUCCGCUCGAGUCCUGGCACCGCGGACACGCCGUCCUCAUUGGUGACGCUUGCCAUCCCAUGCUGCCAUACCUUGCCCAAGGCGCAUCUCAAGCGAUAGAGGACGGUGCUGUGCUAGCCCAAUGUCUCGCCCAUCUGCCGCUCGACCGCGUUGGUCGCGCCUUUCAGGACUUGCGGUUUUCUCGUGCCACGCAGAUUCAGCAGCUGGCCCGCAAGCAGAAGACCGAGAACCACUACCCGGAUGGGCCAGAACAGCAAGCGCGGGACGAAAGGCUCAAGGACCCGACUCAGGUAAGGGCGUGGCAGUGGGAGCCGGUGGCGGGCAAGCCGACCAAGAGCUGGAGCGACGGACUGUUUGGGUAUGAUUCGAAGAUUGAAUGCGAGGAGUAUUUCAGAGAACAUGAUGCUGGACGACUUUUAGUGAAACAGGCCGUAUAG